GAUACAUGUUUUCUCAGGACGAUAAGCUGACCACCAAGAUACAAGAUCAAGUGGAUCCAACCCCAGAAGAUGAACCUUCACCACGUCUUUAUAGAAGGGAUAUUUUCCAUGUUUAUUCUUCAAGGGUGGUUUUCCAAAUCCGCCUGUGAAAGUUGGUCAUUCAGAUUCCCCCGAACCGUGAAAGUACUGAAACGUUCCAGCGCGACCGUUCCUUGCUCGUUUACCUCCCCCGCCGGCUACGGGGACGUCAAUAUAAUCUGGUACAUUAAUCAAUUUGCUGGAUACCCACAGGCUUUAAAUGAGAAGUCCCCGUCAGAAGUGAAGGAUGAAUACAGAGGACGCACCUCUCUGGUGGGAGACGGACCCAACAGCUGCUCUCUGCGGAUUAAUGAUAUUGUGAAAGAAGCAGAAUUUUAUCCAGGAAUAGAUAAAAAUAUAAACUCUUUUGAUCUCCAAGAUCGUCAGAUUGUCAAGGUUUCCUUCACAGGUUGUUCCGAAGACUCAUCCUGCAGGGAUUGGUCUUUCAGUUUCCCCAAAUCUAUUAACGUGUUGAGGGGUUCUUGUGUGGAGAUCCCCUGCUCGUUCAGCCACCCAAAGGCGUAUAAAGACUUCAACUUGAUCUGGUAUGAAGAGUACGGUAAUUCACCAAUUUACAAUAAGUUAAACCCGUGGGACGUGGCGGCAGGGUACAGCGGUCGCACUUACCUGGUGGGAAAUGGAACCAACAGCUGCUCCUUGAGGAUGAAUGACGUGAAAGAGUCAGGACGGUAUUAUCCAGGAGUCAACGAAGAUAUAAAUUCAUAUGUUCUUAAUGAUGGUCGGAGCAUUCAGGUCAUCGUCACGGAUUCCCUCUCAAUCUCGUUAAGAAUGGAAACGGAUAAUAUGUUGGAAGGGAGGACAGUUUCUAUAAACUGUUCUGUAGAGCACACCUGCGCCUCCAGACCACCGACCCUGACAUGGAACAAGCUGGGGCAACUCUUUGUGCAUCAUGAAGCCCUCACGAGUGGGACCUGGAGAGUUACAUCACAAAUUAUAUAUACUCCGAUGUAUGAGGAUAAUAACACAUACCUAACGUGUAUGGCUACAUAUCCUAAUGGGAAAACUAAGAAUGAAAGGACUCUUCUAAAUAUACAUUUUGCUCCGAAGAACACCACUCUUAAAAUGCAAGACAAAGGAGAGAUAAGAGAAGGGGACAAUGCCACCUUACUUUGCGAAACUACAGCUAAUCCUGAUGUGUCUUACGAAUGGUAUAAGGAUGGGGAAAAGUUAAAAGAAAGUUCAAAGAAGUUGACAGCUUGGAACGUGAGCUGGAAGAACGAGCGUUAUUACUGUAUCGCAAAGAACAACGUAGGGAGCGGACAAUCAGCCACCCUGGAGCUUCCCGUGCAAUAUUCAGCCAAAGAAGUCAAAGUCAAGGCAGAACGACGCGGAAGCGCCAUGAAGCUGGUGUGCGACUUUUUGAAAAGUAAUCCGGAACCGGUAAACUAUACCUGGUACCUGGCCGGUUCUCCGAUCCCCGAGGAGAACGAGCAGACUCUGACCGUAGAUCGGCUCUCCCAGUCGAAUGGUUAUAGUUGUGCCAUUUGCAAUGACGUUGGAUGUCCUCGGUCUGAACUCUACACUGUUACUCUCGAUGAAGUCGAUUUACCAGUCAUCCUCGGGACUGUAGCCGGUGUGUUUUUCGUUUUCCUGUUUGUGGUUUUUCUCUACUUUUUUUCCAGGAGGAAGAAAAUUCAAAAGUCACCCAGCUCAAAAAUCCCAGCAUCUGUGACCAGUGGUCAGAAUGGAUCGGCCGCUGAGCAAAUAGCAAUGAGCGAUCAUCUAUACGGCAACAUCCAUACCGAGCCACAUUACACCAACCAGCACCUAGGCCAUGGGGUCGGAGAAGUGCGAAGUCCGGCCAAAAGAAAUGGCGGUGCUUCCAACAACCAGGAAACACUGUAUGCCCAGCCACAGAAGGAUACCAACGAUAUUAUAUACACAUCAGUCCAACACAGACCUCGGAGUGAAAUGCAGGAGCCACGGAGAGGCGUACCCACGGAAGACAUAGAAUAUGCAACCGUAAGACGUUAAGCGAUUACAGGAUCAACUUCCCUUAAUGUGUAUUUAAUAGGAAGGGGGAAAAAUUAUGUAUUUUUAAAAAAAAAUUAUAUAUUGUUUAAGUAUGGCUGUAUGAAAAUGUCUUGUUUCUUGCAAUAUGAUGAUUAAACAUUUAAAAGAUCAAUUUGAAAUUAAAAUG